CUGUAUGAGGUGGAAACCUAGAGAACUAUGAAAGUCAUCAUUCAGAAGAUACACGUGUUUAUUAACAGCUGUCUACGCAAAAUACUUCGGAUCCGUUGGCCAGACACUAUUAGCAACAACCUACAGUGGGAGAGAACAAACCAGAUCCCCGCGGAGGAAGAAACUCUGGAAGUGGAUAGGACAUACAUUGAGGAAAUCACUCAACUGCGUCACAAGGCAAACCCUCACUUGGAAUCUUCAAGUUCAAAGGAGGAAAGGAAGACCAAAGAACAUAUUACGCUGAGAAACGGAGACAGAUAUGAAAAGAAUGAACAACAAUAUGGUAAUGGAUAUUAUACUGAAUUACUACAAAACACAUAUUCUAUAUUAUACAGAAAAAAUUUCAUAAUGAAUUAGUAAAACGAAUAUUAUAAUGAAUAAACUUCAUAGAGCAUUAUUAUUAAGCCGAAAU